UUGUUUCAGGCUCAUCUGCUCCCUGGACCAUCACUUCACAGAACCGGUAAGACCAAGGCAACAAACUAUAAUCAAGAGGUUUGCGGUAAGAGCCUGUCGUCUAAACGCUCGUACGAUGAACAUAUGAACAUCCACAACGAUGCUAGGCCGUUUGCAUGUGAACAUUGUGAUUAUGCAGCAGCUAGCCAAAUGACACUACGAAGACAUAAACUGCGCAGCCAUACAGCAAGACGCGAUUGGGGCUACAAGUGCCCGUAUUGCUAUGAAGCCUACAUGGAACCAGCAAGUUAUCAACAACAUGUGCAGUCUCGACAUUUCGGACGAUCGGCAACAUUUGGUUGCCCCUACAUGCAAUGCACGUUCCAGUCGAAAUGUUUCAGACAUUUUCGCGAGCAUUUAGCUAAGCACAACAGCAUUUUUAAGUGGCGUCAUAAUGCUAGUAGACAGGCCAUGCUCACGUCAUGCAACAUGAGUUAUAGACCUCUUUGUGACUGCAGCCAGUGUAAAAUUAUAUUAAAUUAG